AACAACAACAACAACAACAACAACAACAACAACAACAACAAGAGCACCGAACCAGCACCAUGGGCACCGUGCUCUCGUUCAGUCCGCGGGAGAGACGGAGUUCCGUGUACCCGCCGCCGGGACACCAGCAUCCCGCUGAUUUUACGCUCAACAAUUUCAAUUACGAGCAGCUGAACAACGCGAAGAAUCGCGAGAAGAAGAGCGGAGUGGCUACAGUGGCGCCGGCGCCGCCCACGAAUCACCCGCCCACGAACAAUAAUUCGUUGCAGAACAACAAUAUCAAUCUAAACAACAACGGCAACACCAGGCUCAUCUCGGAAAAGAACGGUUUCGACACUACCCUGAAGAAGCCCUCGUUGUUUAUAAACGCCCUGUCGUGGAGGCGGUUCAGCACCGCGAACAACAAUAAGAAGAAGUUCGACAACAAGAACAAGAACACCGCCUUCAGACAGCCGCUCGAUAAUAUACCGAUCGUCGACCAGAACAAGAACGUACAUACACCGCAGAUAAAACGAUCAGCGUCGAACAAUAAUCACACGACGUACAACCCGACAUGCGAGAAACUAGUUCAGAAGCCCUUACCCCCCGGGCCAAGGAAAACUGUGAUCCAAGCCUCGACCUCGGAAUUGCUCAAGUGCCUCGGCGUCUUCCUUCACAGGAAAUGCACCCGUUUAAGAGACUUCCAAGCCGGCGACGCUGUCAUGUGGCUGAGGACCGUGGACAGAAGCCUGCUGCUUCAAGGCUGGCAGGAUGUCGCCUUCAUCAAUCCCGCCAACGUUGUGUUCGUUUAUAUGCUGGUGAGAGAGCUGGUGGACGGAGACGAGGCCUCCGAGAGGGAACUUCAGGCGACGGUGUUGACGUGCCUCUACUUGAGCUACAGUUACAUGGGUAACGAAAUCAGCUACCCCCUGAAACCGUUCCUCAUUGAGGACAGCAAAGACAAGUUCUGGGAUAGGUGCUUGCUGAUCGUCAAUCGACUGAGCUCCGAGAUGCUGAGAAUCAACAGCGAGCCAGGAUUUUUCACGGAGAUCUUCACCGAGCUGAAGGCCUGCGGAGCUGGGGAUCGAGGUAGUCUGCCUGGUACCGGCCUCGAGAGGAGCCUCGUCGUCUCCGGAGUCGCGGUACCCACCAAGGCGGCUUGACGGAGCUACACACACCUGCUGGUGCGCAUCGCCAGGCACGGCUGCGACGUCACGACACUCUGACGACGGCCGUCGCGACGACGAGGGGCUGCCCUCGCAGCUUGACCUCUCUGCAUCGACCUCAACCUCGACGUUG